GGUCCGACUCGUCCUUUCCUUCGCGCCAUAAAGAACCCUAAGCCGAACCCAUGUCGAUACCUCGGCCGAGUCCGACUCAGGAAGAGUGGGCCCAACACUCUGUGACUCAUCCGUGGAGAGUUAUUAUAAAAAACAGCCACGGUGAAAAGCUUGUGGGAAUAUUACAUGAUACAGGUUCAAAGGAGCUUGUUGUAUUGUGCCAUGGAUUGCAAUCCUCGAAGGAACGUAUUCCAAUGGUGAACCUUGCUGCUGCGCUAGAAAAAGAAGGAAUCAGUGCCUUCCGCUUUGACUUUGCUGGCAACGGGGAAAGUGAAGGUUCCUUCCAGUAUGGUAACUACCAUAGAGAAACUGAUGAUUUACGUGCAGUAAUUCAACACUUCCAUUGGGAGAAACGUUUAAUAACUGCAAUCGUUGGUCACAGUAAAGGGGGCAAUGUAGCACUCUUGUAUGCUUCGAUGUUUAAUGACGUUUCAAAGGUUGUCAACAUUUCUGGCCGAUUUAAUCUGGAGAGAGGCAUUGAAGGUCGCUUGGGUAAAGAUUUUUUACAAAGAAUCAAGCAAAAUGGAUUUAUUGAUGUUAAGAAUAAAAGAGGGAAGUUUGAGUAUUGUGUGACAGAAGAAAGUUUGAGGGACCGUCUAAGUACUGAUACUCAUGCAGCCUGCCUUUUGAUUCAUCAAGACUGCAGGGUGUUGACUGUGCAUGGAUCCAUGGAUAAAGUUGUACCAGUUGAUGAUGCUAUGGAGUUUGCCAAGUUCAUAUCUAAUCAUAAGCUACAUAUUAUAGAAGGAGCUGAUCAUGAAUACACUAAACAUCAAGAUGAGUUGGCUUCAGUUGUACUCAAUUUUGUUCGAGACAGAGAUACGUCUGAGCAGUUGCCGUUACAGACAAGAAUUAGAUCAAUUCAUUCACGAUUGUGAUAGAUUUCCAUUUGUAUCAUCAGAUAAAAACUAGAGAACCACAUGAGAAAUUUGUUGUUGGAAUACAGUGGGCCAGUGCUUCGAUGUUAACAAGAGUUAUUCUACCUUGUCCUGACCUCAAGUUCAUCACUACAGGCAAUGCUCAACGCACAGACAAAGCUUAAGGCUUUUGCUGCCUGGUCAUUUUGCAAUUUCACCCAUUUGCAAGUUAAUGAAUUGGGUAUUCAUAUUGUGUUAUAAGCAUGAUCCGUAUCCCUUGUUUAGAGCCCGAUGAUACAACAUUUAUUGCAUGCGUGUGGCUUAAUCUAUUUGAACUUUAGGCGUGAAAAGCACAAAAGUGAGUUGCCAUUAGCAAGAUUAAAUGAAUGAAACAAUAAAUUGAACACUUUGGAAUA